GCCUUUUUAUAUCUAUUAUCUAUGGGAUAACAUCUGAAAGUAUAAAUGUCUACCGCUGAUGUCGAACAGUUGAGAAAAUUUGUAUUUAAAUCGAGAGCAUCUGAAAAUCAUGAAGAAGAGAAAUUAGAAAUAAUCAUUCCUGAGUUACUGCAAGCUAGUUAUUCAUUCUAUACGUGGCCUUCAGCUCCUAUUCUAGCUUGGUUCCUUUGGGAACAUCGAAAAGAAUUAGUUGGAUUACAUGUGUUAGAGUUAGGAUCAGGCACAGCAUUACCAGGAAUUGUUGCAUCUAAGUGUGGAGCUGAAGUUACUUUAACAGAUUCAAUCACUCUUCCGAAAUCAUUAGCACACAUAACACGUUCGUGUGAAUUGAAUAAAUUAAUUCCAAAUCAGCAUAUUCGCAUUGCAGGACUCAGCUGGGGACUUUUUCUAACAGAAAUAAGUUCAAUCGGUCCUGUCGAUUUAAUUUUGGGAUCCGACUGUUUUUAUGAACCGUCAGUUUUUGAGGAUAUAAUUAUCACUGUUUCUUACUGUUUAGAAGAAAAUCCGAACGCAAAAUUCUUGUGUGCGUAUCAAGAAAGAAGUUCAGAUUGGUCAAUUGAGCAUCUACUUGUAAAGUGGAAUCUUAAGUGUAAGGUGAUAAAUACCAGUAGUUUGGGGGAAAGCGCAGGUGUAGACAUUAGAGAUCUUGUAGGUGAUCACACCAUUCACUUACUGGAAGUAACUAAAUAAAUUGAAAUGGCA